AUGGUGAGAAGCCUGGGGCAGAAGACGACCUGGUCGGUGGACCCGGAGCUGUCCCCCAAGCCCCCGUGUCCUGCUCGCCCCACGGCUGCCCCUGCCCAUGGUGUGGUGCUGGAGGCAGAGCUGCUGCGUAACCACGGCCGCUACGUGGUCACCCACGCCGGUACUGAGUGCCAGGGCGGUUGUGGGAAGGCAGGUGACUGGAGAAGGGCAGCGGAAGCAGCUAAAAGCAUAGAGGACGUCCGGAGAGACGAGUGCUCGCAGGACUCUGACGGUCUGAGCGGACCCGCUUGCCCUGAGGACAAGAGGAUGCUUGGCGUGGCUUUCGGCAUCGGGGUCCUGCUGGCCCUGGUGGGCAGCACGGCUGCCCACAGCUGCGUCGCCCCGUACCAACUGGUCUCCAAGAUGCUGCAGCGCCUGGAGGAGUCCGUCAAGGCGGACGAGCUGCCGAACCCCAGCGUCCUGCUGGCCAUGAACCUGGUCGGGGCCACCGGCACUGAGACCAACAAGUGGCUGCUCCAGCAGAUACAGCAGGAGGCCGUGAAGAGAGCCCAGAAAGACAUGACUUCGGGAGAGGUGGCUCUGUACGUGCUCGCCCUCCUCUCCUCCUGCCAGAACCCCUGGCACGUCCAUGCCCUAGGGCAGACCAUCAACCUGGUCCAAGUCCUGCAGGAGAAAACGGACGAGGAGAUGGCCAGCCUGGACUUGGAGGGCGUCCCGAAGACCACCCUGUACAGCGUCAGCCUGGACGCCCUGGCCCUGUGCCUGGCAGAAGCAGGUGGCUACCAAGGGGCAUCCGUGAUCCUGGCCAAGAAGGUGCUGACACUCGGGAGCCAACUCUCUGUGGACACCCGUGCCAUGGCGGCACUGGCGAUGGCGUGCACGUACGGCCAGACGGACCUCUACGACGUGCAGGAACUGCUCCAGGAGGCACUGUGGGUGGUGACCAACGGCUUCCUCGACGAGCAGGAGAAGGAGGGUGGCAUGAUUGGGAAUAUCUACAGUAUGGGACUGGCCCUGCAGGUGCUGGGGGCCACGAGCAAUUUUUACUUCCCGCGGGAGUGGGACUGCGCCCAGGCUUUCUCCGUGGUGUACAGCCAUGACUACCGCCAGCCCAUGGCCAUCGCCCAGGUCCUGCCUGCCCUCGUGGGCAUGUCGUACCUGGAAGCGGCCAGCCUGGACUGCACUGCCAGCACCGGCGCGUCCCCGACCCUACAGCCGUCCCUGUCCCCAAAGCCGAGUACAACCACAGUUCCCAGCGAAGCCACCAUCACGGUGCACUACUCCAUCAUCAACAAGCUGCAGGGAAGGCACUUCAGCUACACCACCUCGGUGCGGGUCCCGGUCGGCUCCACGCUGCUCAAGGUGCUGCAGGCAGCGGAGGCGAAGAGACCUGACAUCUUUAGCUUCGAGACGGAGCAGACAUCCUGGGGCCCCAUGGUGGUCUCCAUCCAUGGGCUGGCCGCCAACCCGGACGACAAGACCUACUGGAAGUUCCUUAGUGGCAGCGAUGCCCUCCAAGAAGGGGUCGGCACCUACAAGCCAUGGAAUGGGGAGCACAUCCAGGCCGUCUUCAGUCUCUACUGA